AUGAACUCUUCCAGUCUACCGCUUGUACGUGCACCCCCCGAUGCUCUACGCUACGGUUUCUACAGCGCCAGUGAAGAUGUGAGACCGCUGCAUGAGGUGGAGCGUCUGCAGACUACGUACCGCCAGUCCAACUGGAAUCUCAAGAUGGCGACGGUCGAACAAAUCUACGGCAAGGCGGCGGCCAUGCGUCUGCGUACAGAAAAGUCGGUGCUUGAGCAGUUUACGCGUCUUCCGGGGCUACCGAGCUCACAUGCCGGUCUGGACACGCUUAUGGGCACAGAUGAACAGAUUGAGUUUACGGACUUUCUAAACGACCCUAAUGAACAUCCUGAAAACACGUUCCGCGUCCACGAGGCCAUGGAAGUGAAGCUCUCUAUUUUCUAA